CGCCGAGGAGUGUUCGUCUCAUCAGUCUAUCGCGGCGCGAGCUCGUGGUGGAGCGCUCAGGUGUGCAUUCGUGUUGCUUAUCGUGGCGCAAGAGGUUUCACAGAUUUGCGCCAGAUUCAUUUUCGCGAAGAAAUCGAACAAUCGCCCAAUGUAACAAUCGAGCGACAUCGAGCUCUUUCGCGCUUUUAUACCAAAUCGUGAUAACUGCGAGGAAUUGUGUGAUAACAAUGCAACUGCAACGAUUCGGUGCAUCAUAUGAGUGCCAGAUGUUGCGGGUCGGUGCGAAAAUGUUCCUUUUCACGAUUGUCAUAAUCUUCAGUGGAUUCGUCGUGGGACAGGUUGCCACGCAAUAUCACGGUGAUCCCGACGACAUCGUCUUUCCGGGACCAUUGAGCUCGAAUUCGAAGGAAAGAGCCCUCAGUAAAUCCGCGAAGGACUUGAUGCGUGAAAGCAAUGCGAUACCAGUAAAUUUAGCCGCUAGAUUAAAUUCCAUAGAUUCAGUGGAUGAAUUCAUGCAGCUUCUUCAAGGUGUUCCCGAGAGCGAAACGCGUACGUCGUCAUUCUUAUUCAGUAGUAGAAUCGGCGAGGGCCAGGAAAGAUCGAACGCAAUGACGCCGCCGCAAGCAAGAUGCAUGCCGGAGCUGCAACCCGUUUCUCUAAAAGUGGACAACGAUCCUUCGGUGAUCAUUUUCCCAUCCUGCACAAGAGUCAACAGAUGCGGUGGAUGUUGCGGUAGCACUCUGCUCUCGUGCCAGCCAGUAGCCACGGAGAUCAGAAACUUCCAGGUGAUCGUGUCGACGAUAGAACUACAGUUCCGAGGCAAGCGAAUUAUCCCGGUUGAGGAGCACACUAAGUGCACGUGCGACUGCAAAAUGAAGGAGGAGCAUUGCAACGAAAAACAGCAUUACGAGCCGCAAAACUGCAUGUGCAUCUGCAACAACGUCGACGAGGAGGAGAAAUGCCGGCAGAGCAACGGCACGAAGAUCUGGGACGCGGGGAGCUGCGUCUGCUCGUGCAGGAACAUCGAGCCGUGCAGCACUGGAUAUUACUUCAACCACAACACGUGCAGAUGUGGACCGAUAGGGUUGACUAGACCAUUAGACAGGUUCGCAUCCACGAAAGGUACGAAUUACGAUUUCUCUAAUCGUCGGCCGCCAAACGUGCCGCCCGUCCAGGUAUUCCCGUUGGACCCGACAGAUCCUAGAAGGAGGCACAAAGAGGAUCCGGAAUACAAGUAACAAGAAUUCGAACGGACGCACACAGAUUACAAGACUGCUACGAAACGCACCUCCACCGUCAUUUUUGUUAGUCUGUCGUUACGUAGACGAAACUUCUCAUUAUAAUAAUUCGUUAAUCUAGGAAUGGGAAACAUCGAUUUUAUUCCAUUUUCCUUCUUUCAGAUUGUACGCAAUUGUUUCGUGUACACUGAGAAAAAAACUGCUGAAUCGAACUGAUUACAUAAGGUAAUCAAAGAUUGCCAAUCAAUUAUUCGUCAUACUAAAAAAACAUCAUGUUAUUUUAAAUCUUAUGAGCUUGAAUUAAGAACCAAGUAAACUCCAAAUAAUUAUCUGCAACUAAAUUAUAUUUUCUUGACGUUUAGUGUUUUUUUAUCAGUGUAACUGUUACAAUGACUUGAAAUUUUAUAGACAAUGUCAAAUUUUUACGAAGUUUAAAUACAUCGGUUUCCAAUACGUUUAAGAUAUUACAUAUUCUAAAACUCUUUUAGCAUUGGUGCGUUUGAAAUGCAUAAAAUAAUAAGAUACUGAAUGAUGUCAUUCUGUUGCUCAGUGGUAAAAGGAAUGUAAAAAUUUACAUUCUUUUACACAUAUAUGUAUUUGUAAUAUUUGUACUUCCACUUUUGAGCUUAUGGAAUGCCAUCGACUUUUCUAGUUCCAGGGUGUUGCCUUGUUGAAGUAUUACAUAUGUUUACUGAAAUAAUAUUGUGAUACAAAUAUAUGAAAGGAAUACAAAUGUGGUCAUUCUCGUUCAAACACACAAUGUCAUUUCUGUUAUAGAAUUAUUGUUCUUGUAUCCAUUGUUACAAUAACGUAGCAACUGCUCAUAUUAUUUGGUUCCACUUAUCACAUAAGACACAACAGAUGAAUUUACAAUGCAACAUAUGCAGGAGAACUUUUUUGAUUGACAUCACAGACACAGACAUUACUCUUGUUAAUUAAUAUUUAUGUCUAAGUCAUUCUCAUAUAUACAACAAUAUAAAGUUCUUAGUAUUAAGUACACGUGUAUAAUAUUGGACAAAUACAAUUGUUGUACCAAUUA